GAUUGGCGCUGGAUUGCCAAUCCUUUUAUCUAAAUUGGUAACAGAAUGUGAAGAAGGAAGCACCAAACAUGCAAGAAUAAUUAACAAGAAAAUAUGGCUGCAACUCCCUAUAUUUACAGCCAAAAAUUCCCAUCAUCAUCUGCAUUAAUUACAACUCUCAAUUACAUACCUGCAGUUGCCUCAGUUCCUUGGAAACAGAGCAGAAAAUUGGUUUUAAUAGUUCGAAACUCGAGUAGCGAAGCAGCAGCUGUAGGCACAGAUGAAACCUCACCUGUUGAACUUCCACCAGGACCUCCUUCUAUCAUCUCUGCUCUUAAUGUUGAAAAAGCUAUUCUUGGCAUAGCAAUAACAGAUAUAGAUCACUAUGGAAGACUAGGACUUUCAAGAAAAUGUUCAUACGCUGAGGUACCAGUAGCGUACAAUAAGAAGGUUGAAGAAGUUAUGAAUGAGGGAUUGGUCGAAGAAGAGCUUAACAAGAAGCUUGAGCUCCUAAAAGAAUCAUAUUCAAUUUUGUCAACACGAGAGGAGAGAAGGCUGUAUGAUUGGAGCUUGGUAAGGAGUGAGGGACCAGAUAAUUACAAGUGGCCAUUUGAGGUUGAUAAAACUCCAUUGUCUUCAGGAACUCCUCCUCCUCAGGAACCAGAGGAUGUGGAACCAACGAGAUUGGUGGGAUAUUUCUUUUUAGUUUGGUUUGUACUAGCCGCCGUGUUAUCAAUUGCCUUCAAUAGCUAGAAAGAGAAUAAGUUGGAUCAAGUUUAUCCCAUCAUAUGCACAAUGAUAUUUACUUUCGUGUAAUAUAUAUACACUUUACCUUCAAUGGUUGCAUUUUAUGAAUUUUAUAUCAUCAAUGUAAUUAUUAUAGCAAGUUACUUAUCAUUUAUGGUAAGUUACCAAUAGAUUUUUAUUAAAUAGA